AUGACCGAGUCAACUCCCGCAUCCGACGUGCCCCUCUACUUGUCCGGCGACAAGGCCGGUCUCCGCGAAUUCCUGGACAAAUUUGAUGUCUUCCUGUUCGACUGUGACGGUGUGCUCUGGUCCGGUGACCACUGCUUCCCCGGUACCGUCGAAACCCUUGAGCUCCUGCGCAACAAUGGCAAACAAGUAGUCUUCGUGACAAAUAACAGCACAAAGUCUCGCGCAGACUACUGCAAGAAACUCGAGGGCCUCGGUAUCCCCAGCACAGUGGAAGAAGUCUUCUCCUCCUCAUACAGCUCCUCAAUCUACAUCUCGCGCAUCCUCCAACUCCCCGCAAACAAGCGCAAAGUCUAUGUGAUCGGCGAAACAGGCAUCGAGCAAGAACUCCGCUCCGAGAAUGUCCCUUUCAUCGGCGGCACAGACCCCGCCUAUCGCCGCGACGUCAAGCCCGAAGACUACAAGCUCAUCGCAGCGGGAGAUGAGUCAAUCCUGAGACCCAGAAGUCGGCGUCGUCCUCGUCGGUCUGGAUUUCCACCUCAAUUACCUCAAGCUGGCCCUUGCGUACCACUACGUCAAGCGUGGCGCCGUGAGCCGACGGCGUUGGGUAAGCCUGCCCAGGCUAUGAUGGAUGCUAUCGAGGGCAAGUUCAAAUUCGAUCGGUCCCGGGCUUGCAUGGUUGGUGAUCGCGCCAAUACUGAUAUUCGGUUCGGAAGGGAGGGUAAGCUUGGUGGCACGCUUGGUGUUUUGACUGGUGUUAGCUCCAAGGAGGACUUUGAAUCUGGGCCUGUGCGCCCGCAUGCUUACUUGGAUAAACUCUCGGAUCUGCUGGGGUCGGGUCUGUAA